ACCGCCUCUCGAUUUUCACCGUUUCUAUGCUCGCCUUAGGCGGACCAUCGGGACGGGUCUCUUUUGUUUUUUUUCCAUGGCCACGCUCGUAUUUCGGGGCCCACUCAUGGCUUUGGCAUCCAUGUGCUAUGGGCCUUCAUCGUAGUAAUCGUGCUGGAGGUCACGGCCGAGCUCGCGGUGUUUUUUCCCGGCAGCGGCCUGAUUGGGCAGUUCCAGGUCUUGUUUCUCGCAGGCCCAUCGGACUAGCAAAAAGCACCAUCUACUGGUUCAGCUGGGGUUUGACCUAUGCGCUCGGGCUCUCGAUUGCCGUGUCGGUAUGCUCGUUCAAACUGCUCUCUUCCUCGGGUUGUGGUUGGCUUUCCCCGCUUUCAACUUGCUCCCCGUGGACGUGUGUGGCCAGAUCGAGUAUGGGAUCACGCUCGGCAAGGUGAUGGCCAAUUUGGGGCUGGUGCUCUUGAUGGCCGGGCCCACCAACUACUGGAGAUUUUCGUGACUGGCAGCGGCGGGCUCGUGCAUGACGCCUUGGCGUUUGCGGGUUCUGGGUGUGUUUGGUGGCGCCGGAUAGUGGUGGGGCAAGGUUCGAUGGAACUGGGGCGUGAGAGACUAUUGUAGCGAGAGAUUCAUUGGAAUUGGGGUGGGACAGACAUUGUAAUUGGGGUGUGAAUUACUAUUGUAAUUGGGGUGUAGAAUUACUGUGACUGGGGUGUAAAGGAGUCACUGGAAUGGAAGGUUAGUGGAACUGGAGUGAGAGACUAUUGAAAUUGGGGUGAGAGAUUAUUGUAGUUGGGGUGCGGAAUUACUGUAAUCGGACAGUGAACGAGUUCCUGUAAUGGACGGUUAUUGUAGUUGGGUAUGAAUUACUAUUGUAGUUGGGGUGUAUAUUUACUGUGAAUGGGGUGGGACAGACUAUUGUAGUUGGGGUGCGGAAUUACUGUAAUCGGACAGUGAACGAG